CAGGCUGCUUUCCAGACACCUGCGGCCCACAGAGCCCUUCAUCCUGCCUGGUCUUUUCAGCCCUGAAAAAAAAAGGAAUUCGGGUUCUUAGUCUGCGCCUGCAGUCUCUAUUUCUGCCCUUCAGCCUGCCCUCAGCAUGAAGCUCAGGCUGAACUAAAGGAAGGAGAAAGACCUCAGAAUUCUUGCAGAUCCCUCUACCUUUAGGCUCUGCAGCUGCCAGCACGGUGGGAAUUGCUCCUGAUCCCAGGAACUUGGUCCAGCUCAGUUUGCAGCCUCAGAAGACCUUUCGAACCAGAGUUUGAGAGCCUCGUUUUGACUGGUGCAUACGUUCGUUCCACUUAAGCAACGUGGAUCAGAGAAUUGUUGCAGGUGUAUCAUGAGCCGUACUCGGGAUGCUGGCUGCGUAGCUGCUGGAAUAGUGAUCGGGGCUAGCGCCUGGUACUGUGUCUACAAAUACACUAGAGGAAAAGACCAGAAGAAGAAGAGACCAGCCAAAUCCAAGAACCGGGCUUCGGUGGGUACUGGAGCCAGGGCUAAAGGUGGACUAAAAGCAGGAUUCACAAUUGACCUUGGGCCAGGGUUCAAUCCCCUAGCCUCUGUCAGUGCUGAGACAAUGAAUAAGACCCAAGGGAAAACAUCCACUCGUGCCACAACUGCAGCUGAAAAAAUGGUGCCAGCUGCACCCAGCCCUAAGGUUCAGAAUGGGGCAGAAAGUAAGGCCCAGGAGGCCAAUGGGGCUGGGACUGAGCCUACUACCAAAUCAGUAGUCGUGACUUCAGCUGCCAGUGCAGUUACACCUCAACCCAAGGUGGCAGAGGUUCCCACAGCUGCGGGGGCCCCACAAAUAGUAGUGACUCCCAAAGUGGCAGAAGCUCCCGGUACCACGCAGGCUACUGGGAUAGCAGCACUCCCUGGGUCAGCAGUACUUCCUGGGGUAGCCCAGUCUCCUGGGACAGUAGUACCUUCCCCAUCAAUAGCACCUUCUAUGCCAACAGCACUUCCCUGGGCUGUAGCACCUCCUGGGGUAGUCCAGUCUCCUGGGCCAGCACCACCAACCAUGGCAGUACAAUCUCUUGUGCAAGCAGCACCUUCCUGGACAGUCGUAGCUCCCCCUGGGGCAGUCUACAUUCCCGUGGCAGCCCACUUUACUGGGCCAGCAACUGCCAGGGUAACCCAGUCUCCUGGGACAGUGGUGCCUCCCCUUCCACCCCAGUCUCUUGGGACAGCAAUGCUUUCUAGGGCAGUCCAGUCUCCUGGGGCAACAGUGCAUCCUGGGAUAGGCCAGUCUCCUGGGGUAGUAGUGCCUCCCAGGGCAGUCCAGUAUUCUGGGGCAGCAGUUCCUGCCAUGACAGGAGUCCCUUCUGGGGCAGCAGUGCCUGCCAUGACAGGAGUCCCUUCUGGGACAGCAGUGCCUACCAUGACAGGAGUCCCUUCUGGGGCAGCAGUGCCUGCCAUGACAGGAGUCCCUUCUGGGACAGCAGUGCCUACCAUGACAGGAGUCCCUUCUGGGGCAGCAGUGCCUGCCAUGACAGGAAUCCCUUCUGGGGCAGCAGUGCCUGCCAUGACAGGAGUCCCUUCUGGGGCAGCAGUGCCUGCCAUGACAGGAGUCCCUUCUGGGACAGUAAUAUCUGCCAUGACAGGAGUCCCUUCUGGGGCAGCAGUGCCUGCCAUGACAGGAGUCCCUUCUGGGGCAGCAGUGCCUGCCAUGACAGGAAUUCCUUCUGGGGCAGUAGUGCCUGCCAUGACAGGAGUCCCUUCUGGGGCAGUAAUAUCUGCCAUGACAGGAGUCCCUUCUGGGGCAGUAGUAUCUGCCAUGACAGGAGUCCCUUCUGGGGCAGUAGUAUCUGCCAUGACAGGAGUCCCUUCUGGAGCAGUAGUGCCUGCCAUGACAGGAGUCCCUUCUGGGGCAGCAGUGCCUGCCAUGACAGCAAUCCCUUCUGGAACAGCAGCAUUUGCUAGGGCACCAACAUCUACCCAGAGGGCAGCAACCACAGGCGUCAUGCAGAUCCCUAGGGUGGCAGCACCUACUGAAGCCACAGAGGCUCCUAGAAUGGCAACACCUGCCAUGGUAGCUGGGGCCUCUCUGCCAGUGCUUUCUGGGGCCGCCGAGACUCCUGGGCAUUCAGGGUCCUCUAAGACAGCAGCCACUGGCAAGAAAGCUGGAGCUCACACUGGGGCUAUACCUAAGUCUGGGUCAGCCGCUGGCGCUGUGCCCAAAGGUGGAGGCAAAGGUGGAAACAGGAACCGGAAUGGAGGCAAGGGCAAAAACAGAAAAAACAAGGUUGAAGUGGAUGAAUUGGGGAUGGGCUUCCGCCCUGGUGACGGGGCUGCGGCAGCCGCUGCAGCUUCUGCUAAUGGCGGACAGGCUUUCCUAGCAGAGAUUCCUGAAUCUGAGGAGGGGGAGUCUGGGUGGACUGAUACAGAGUCGGAUUCUGACUCUGAACCUGAGGUUCAGCAAAGAGGGAAGGGGAAGAGAACCAUUCCCAUGCAUAAGCGCCCCUUUCCGUAUGAAAUUGAUGAGAUUCUGGGCGUCCGAGAUCUCAGGAAAGUCCUAGCCUUGCUUCAGAAAUCCGAUGAUCCUUUCAUCCAGCAAGUAGCCCUGCUCACCCUGAGCAACAAUGCCAAUUAUUCAUGUAAUCAAGAAACAAUUCGAAAGUUGGGAGGCGUCCCGAUUAUUGCAAACAUGAUCAACAAAACUGACCCCCAUAUUAAGGAAAAAGCCUUAAUGGCCAUGAAUAACCUGAGUGAAAACUACGAAAACCAGGGCCGACUGCAGGUGUACAUGAACAAAGUGAUGGACGACAUCAUGGCCUCUAACCUCAACUCGGCAGUACAGGUCGUUGGGCUCAAAUUUUUAACAAACAUGACUAUUACUAAUGAUUACCAGCACCUGCUUGUCAAUUCCAUCGCAAACUUUUUCCGUCUGCUAUCCCAGGGGGGUGGAAAAAUCAAGGUCGAAAUUUUGAAAAUACUUUCAAAUUUUGCUGAAAAUCCAGAUAUGCUCAAAAAACUUCUCGGUACCCAGGUGCCGUCAUCCUUUAGUUCCCUUUAUAAUUCUUACGUGGAGUCGGAAAUUCUUAUUAAUGCUCUUACUCUGUUUGAGAUUAUCUUUGACAACCUCAGAGCAGAAGUGUUCAACUACAGAGAAUUCAACAAGGGUUCCCUGUUUUAUUUGUGUACUGCAUCUGGGGUGUGUGUUAAGAAAAUCCGAGCCUUGGCAAAUCACCAUGACCUCUUGGUGAAAGUGAAAGUUAUCAAACUGGUAAACAAAUUCUGAUUUGUGCCCUCAAGAUCUGUGAUGUCUCAGUUUUCCAAUCUGGAAGCAUUAAAAAUGAGAUGUUAUUGCUUUUCUCCUUGUGUGUAUAGUAAAGGAGUUCUUUCAGCUGCUAGUUUAGAAUAAUGUGUCAUUCAGAGUGAUGUUGUUGUUUGUGACAGUCACCAGCUUUAAGCUGAACCAUUUUCUGAAUACCAAAUAGUCCUGUAGUCCUAUAGUACUGAAGACCCAUUUGUGAUUUCAAUUGUGCUGCUUGAGUGGAAUAUUUUUCCUGAGUCCUCUAUGUGAGUUGAUAAUGAACCUGUCCAUGAAUGGCGUACUCUGCCCUUACUUGUUUUGACUUGAAUUUUGUCACCAAAGACUUCA